ACCAUUCAAAAUGUCGUUACAACGCCCAACCAAUCCAACGACCAAAGAAAAACCCAACAUGCUCUCGAUAUGACAACAACCCACCUCGCAGACGCUUAUGCCGAAUACGAAGCCACCGUCCAGCGACGAGCCGAGGUUACCCGUCGACGAGCUGGCCGACUUGGCCGCAAGCGUCAGCAAGAACGACAGGCAAUAGAGUUGGAGAAUCAGGCGGCUGAGGGUGCGGCGACACUAGCCAUGCGCGGUCUUGACGCCGAGUGCCGAGCUGUCGAGCGAAUUUGGCGGGCUAGCGAUGCGCUGAAAGCAUACGAAUUGGAGCAAUUCAUUUAUACACAAAGUGCAAAGUGCCGCAUUGUUGCGACGAAAGAGCACUUGGGGGAAGAAACCCCUGGUCUGCGUGGCCACAAGCGACUUACUGUGUUGCAAAAGCGCGUCGACAGCUUCAACGACCGGGUGGAGCUGGCCAACGUCGCAUGUGCCCACAUCGAACAAGCGCCAGCUGUCUAUGCUUUGAAACGGAAUUGCAUCGCUGGAGCGUCCAAAGUUUGGUGGGGAGAGAAGUUGGAGACUGCGGUUGUAGCCCAGAAUUGCGUGGCGGUUGUCCAUAUGCUCGAGAAAGGCGCCGACCCCGACCAAGAGAGCUGGAACCACAUGACGCCCCUGUUGUGUUGCCUAGUCCAGCGACGCCAUGACCUCCUUCGACGAUGCUUGGAACUGCAUGCAAACCCGAAUUUUGAAACCCAAGACGGCAAAACGCCGCUUCUAGUGGCUAUUGUUGCCGACGACAUUGUGGCGAUGCAAAUACUCUUGGAGCCACGGUGGAAGUGUUCGCCGUGGACUGAGACUGUUCGAGGGGGCGUCACACCGCUCUUGGUAGCAUGUGAGAAAGGAAGGCUAGCUGCGGUGCAACUGCUGCUUGCACAGCCAAGCAGCAGUAUCCAGGGACUAAGAGGAAACACAGUGCAUGGCAUUACACCGCUGAUGCAAGCGGCCAAGGCGAAUCACCUCGCCGUCGCCCGUUUGUUGCUGCGGCACAAUGUCAACCCGUUCGUCCACUGCAAAGCCGACCGCUCAGCCGCUGAGUAUGCUCGUGCGUUUGGCCAUGUUCGCAUGGAACGGCUUGUUGCAAGGGGCAACGAGUUCAACUUGGAUCCGUCCACGCCCCCAACAUAUGAAGAGCGCAUGGAAAGCUCUGCGCUGGACGCCAUCCACCUAGCAUUAGACCGCAGCCUCGCCUCCACCUCUAUCGAUGGAGUGCUGGAAAUCGUUCGAGGCGACGGGCUUGCAAGCCCCAACCAUGAAUCCCCCGACGGGCACAUGGCCUUUCUCGUCGCAUGUGCGAAAGGCGACCUCGCCACAGUGCAAGUGCUCAUGCAGCUCUGCUUGUGGUCCCAGCCCAACCGCCACGGCACGACCGGUCUCUUGGAAGCGGCAAGCCAUGGCCACCUUGAUGUUGUGCUCCACGUCGUGAGUCAGGGAGGGGAUUUAAACUACAGAGACCUAAAAGGUCGAGAUGCGUUCAUGAGGAUGCACGACGGUGGCCACCAUGACAUGUUGCAGUACUUGGUCCAGUACAAGGCCAAGAACAACAUGUUGCUGCCGUGGUGGCAACUCGCCCCUUUGCCCCAACCUGGUGCCCCGUUGAAGGCGCCUUCGAAACUGUCUUCGUUGCAACCCCGCGUUCAAGUCAACCUACCCGCUGUGCACCCACGCCCCAUUUGUGCGCAAUGUCAAGAUCGUCAUUCGUCGAAACACUGUCAUUCGUGUGAAACCAGCUUUUGCGACCAAUGCUACUGGCGGUUUCACCUAGACGCGCGACGACGGCACCACGAGUACCAUGUUUUGGCUCCAGAAGCUGCUGUUGCUGCUGCUGUUGUGGUUGCUGAUCCAAAAUUUGAUGGGUGGCAUCCCCUGCAUCUUCUUUUGACAUGCCAGCCAGACAGAACAACCAAUCAAGAACUCCAUGCGAUUCGAAAGCAAAAGCAUGACCUCCAAGUCCAGCGGCAUGUUGCCACAAUCGAAGCCCACGCGGCUGCUUCCAUCCAAAACGCAUCAGAUGAUCAUGCAGCGGCUUUGCAACUGGCGGCAGUGCAUCGUGACUUGGGCAAAUUUGACGCUGCUACGACCCUACUACGAGACAUGGAGGCUUUGGGGGUGACAUGGCAAUCACGUCGAGCCCUAGCCCAAUUACAUGUGGCAGAAGGCAACAUUGUGGCUGCGGUGGAGUGUUACAAGCAGGCGUUUUCGGCACGGUUGAAUGAAGUUGCUGUCGACCACCAAGACAUCCAGGCGUUGCUAGUCGAGUUCUACAGCGUCAUGGACAAGGCACAGUUUAUGAACGAAGCAGUCGUCAUGGCGACAACCGUCUGCGACAUCGCACGGAGAUCUCUCCCCCGACGGCAUCCAUUUCUAUCUCUCUCCAAAGUAGCACUGGACCAUCUCAAACAGCGUCGAGAGGAAUGCGCCAUGUCGGCAGAAGACUUUUCACUGCAUCCCUCUGAACAAGAUAGGUUUAAUAGCCACGUCAUCACUGCUCGGAUGGCUACAGUUCAAGUCCCAUAUCCACCUGGCUACGUAGGAAAAGCCUGGACAUGUGCACCGCCUUGCUGCGCGACUCGGCCAUGACGGACGUCGUGUCGACGUUCUGCAGGCUCAAUCAGCAGACGAAGUCCCUUCGACUGUGGCGCGACAUGCAAACGUUGAAGUCGGUGGCGAGACCGUCCAAGGUCGCCACAAGCACAGCCCAUCGCAUCGUCAAGACGUUCCCGACUGUGCAUUGCAUUCCGUCGACCAUGUACCGCAAGGUGGUGGCGGCGCUGUCCUGCGCGCAGUGGCCGGCGGAUCUGGCGGCGGUACUGGGUCCUUGUGAGCGCAUUCUCGUAGCGUCGCUGUAUCAAUCGAUGGUGGUGCCGUUUCUGCAAACCCAAGCCGGACAAAGGUGUGUGUGUGCGAUGAUGUUUGCUGGUUGGAUAUGUGAUUCGGUGGCGUUGACAUCGCUGUAGUUGGAUGACGAAGCAUGUAUUAUCGACCCUGCGAUGAUUUGGACGGGGCGAUGAAGUUGCUAUGACAAAACCGCAAGAGUGGGAUUGUUGUAUAUGAGACGUGGUUUAUGAUCGCUUAUUGCAAUAAUUGGUGGACAAUUUCUCGAAUCAAAUCCACGAGGUUGCGGCAUUGCACUGUCGUGUUGAGCGCCACCUACGAUAGUGCAAAAGGUUGUAAAAUAUAAAUAUAUAUACUUCGAAGUAUAUAU